CACAGUACACAAACAGACCCUCUAACCGUGUCUGUAUAAAUAGGGGUGAUGGCUUUAACCCUCUUACCAUCUCAUCAUCUUAUUAACUUUCUCUGCAACAAAAUGGUUCAGAAGGUUUCUCUUGUCAUUUGCAUCCUACUAUUCUCUGCUGUUUUCAUUCCAUCCCAAGUAGCAGCAGCAGCUAGGGAAUUGGCUGAAGCACCCACAGUCAAGAAAACUGAACACAGCACCCCUGUUGUAGUUCAUGCAUCUCCUUACUCCAAAGAGAAGAGCCACAACCAUGGACACGCCGAUAACGGUCAUCGAACGGUCGAAGCCCCUCCGGUCACGGUCUAUUAUCCGGGUGACCCCAUUAGGGUUUAACCACUUCAGAAGGUAGAGAAGCUUGUAAUGGAAUAAUGUACUUGGUGCCCGCAGGCAUGGUCCUGGGCUUAGAAUAAUUGUUGAUUUGGAGGGUAUUAUGAGGCUGCAAUAUGGUUUGUAUUAAUGCUGUGUAGAAAAAGUAGUACUACAUGUUACUGAAUAUAUGGAUUUUUUAUCAUCAGUCAGCUUGUAUUUGGAACAAGAUGUGGAGUAAGAAGUUUGUGUUAAUUUUUUAUGAGCUAGACUGCUAGAGGCAGCGAUCAAAUAUAUAAAUCUUCAAUCAAUUAAUUUGAA